CCUCGCAAGCGCGUCGACAUGGAGGACACAGUCCUUCAUAAGAUCGCGUAACGUGCUCUUCCCUGCGCCGUCACCUUCCAAUGUCGAGCUUUGUCAAGUACCUCUUCGCAUGACCCGACAGCCGUACGUUACGAGGAUCCUCUGUUGGUCUCGUAUCAGGCUGCUCAUGCAGCCCGAUACCUACCCGAUUUGCCCGAUCCUGCCACCUGCAACCGCCGAUUCGGGAUUCACAGGCUACACUUGUUGUGACCUCAUGCGUACCCUUGACGACGUAUUUGUCGGGGGCCGGAGGAGAUCACAAGCCCGCCCCGCGCUUCAGGCGGCAGUGACGAUCAUCGGAAGGUAUCCAACUGCCAGCUGGCAGCAGCCUCCAGCGCCCAAGUCGAUCGUUCGACGCCGCCCCAGCGGCCCAGCCCAGCCAUUCGGCCGCGCGCGUCGCCUGUUGGACUACCUGGCAUCGGGCGUGAGUGUGCUCAACUGUGCUGAACGCUCAGCAUUCGGCGCCUUCGAACUGCCUCCCAAAAGACCUCCAGCACUUGCCGAUGCCGAUUGGACGCAUAAUUGCCCAUGCCAUCCCCCAGAAGGCUGACAGCCUUGGGCGCGCUGCGUCCCUGCGUAUGAUUAGCGAAGAUUGGCCGACGACCGCCAAGCCAUGGGGCGCCUUUUGAUAUAGGAUUGGGGUGAGUCACUCUUUUACUUACACCACUCCUCGCGGUCCCCACGUACGCUGUCCUCACCCCCAACCAAAUUACGCACUUCAUCACCUUCGGGGACUCGUACACCGAUGUCUUUCUCGCCGGUGACGGCGGCCGCUCGUGGCCGCUCUACGUGCU